UGCCUUCUCGAGUACCGGGGGGUUCUCGCAUACCUGGCAGCGGUUCUCAUCGCUCGCGGAACGAGCACCGCCGGAGUACGUUCCGCGCUCUCGCACGAAUUUCCCCGGCCGCCCGACGGUUCUUAUGCAACGGAACUGUUUCGGAAACGGAAUGGAACCGAAAUCUGACCGAUAUAAGUCCAGAAACUUUUGCAAAUGUACAGUAACUUAUGUACAUACAACGAAUUAACGCCGUAUGACGAUCGCGUCGAGUCCUCGAACUUCGUUCCUCGAUUUGCCCUCGAUCGAUGCCUCGUUGAUUUGAAUUGGCCGACACUGGUCGUCUCAUUCGUCGAGCCGGCGGGAAGGCGGAUCGGAGCGCGACAAGGGAAAUCAAUAACGGCCAACGUAAUCGAAGCGACGGCGGGCGGCGCGGCUGGAAUUUCCUACGUCUCGAGCGCCCGCGUGUUCCAGAACGUUCCACGGAGCGUCCGUCGAUCCGCGCCCAGUGCGCGCGAUCGCGCUACGAUCUCGGAGAGAUCGGCGACCGUGAGUCAUCGAAAUUCGAAAUUCCCCGGGAAUUGCCAACCGCUGCCUAGCGGUGAAAAAGACGACCGUCUCAGACGUGGCCUUUAUAUCGGUAAAGGCAGACACGGGACACGGGGCUCAAGACGCGAGUCGUACACAGCCGACGACACAGAGCGAGCCGGAAGACGCAGAUUUCCCGCGAAUAACUCAGACAAUGACACAGUAGGCGCCAGUCCUCUCGCGAUGGAAAACUCCAUUCGUGGAGUCAUUGGCGUAAGCAAUUCUAUAUACGUUGCAAUGGUGCGGUAUAUAUCAUCACGUUCCUUUUCUCGUUAAUUCCACAAAAGGCAAAAUCACGGAAAAGAGCACGAGAGUAAAAGGUGUUCAUCUUUAAGAAUCCUUACAACAUGAUUGAAAAUUUCCGUCCCUGUUAUUUUAUGCACGAAAAUAUAGUGAACAAUUGUCAAAAGGUUCCUUUUAAAAAAAAUAAUGUUUGCACGCAUGAAGUUAUAUACAAAAGUUACUUCUGCACAAUAAACAUGGAAAUCAACUCUUUCGAUUAUAUUCAAUUGUUCGCUGUCAACAACGCGGUUCUUAAAAUAGAA